CUUAUGUGACAGUUUCUGGCGUCAUUUUGGAAUUUCCGCCUGGGCUUCUCCCUGCUGACUCCAGGAUUCCCUAUUAAAAAGGAGCUGAAUCCAGAUGCACACUGCAGUCUGAGCUGUGUCUGCUGGAGCUACUCAUCCCACUGUGAUUGCCCUGGACUGAGAGGAAGAUGAAGGUCUCUGUGGCUGUUCUUAUUGCUCUUCUCAUUGCUGCCUCUUGCUCCCAGACUUUCUCUGCCCCAGAUGGACCCGACCUCCCAAACUGCUGCUACUCUUAUGCCUCCCGCAAGCUCCCGAAGAAACUCAUCUCCCGUCAUUACAGCACCAGCAGCAACUGCUCCCUGCCAGCCGUUGUGUUUGUCACCAAGAAAGGCCUCGCAGUCUGUGCCAACCCCAACGACUCCUGGGUCCAAACUUACCUGCGAAACCCGAAGCGUAACUGA